CCAUCCGGAAGUCGUUGAUGCUAACCUCCAGCUUUGGCUCGUUUCCGGUCCAGCGGGCGACGCUCGCCUCUGACCAGUAGUGACUCGCUGGUGUCAGACUGGAGCGCUGUGUGUGAAAGACCCAAACAGCAAAAAUACAGGAAACCAUGGUGACCAAGAAAGUUAGGACUGAGUACAUGAAGAAAUUCAGGGAUCCUAAAUGGGAGACGUUUUCUAAAUGCUACGAGGACUCUCUGAAGUACCGUUUGACCCGCCGUUUGAUGGAGCAUUCCCACAAGCCAUGGUUCUGGGAGGGCUGGGAAAGCGGUUCUGAGUCCAGUGGGUGGUCCACACCAAGACUCACUAGAAACAAAGUGGCUCCCCUGUCUCUGGCACUGCCACCUGCAUGUUCAGAGGUCCAACAGAAGCUGUUGGACCAGCACACCAAUCCUGGUCUAAAGCAGGACUCAGGGGUCAGAGAGACUGCCCCGGGAACUGGAGAGGCUCCAGCUGUAGAUUCUGCUCCAACCACAGAAGCAGCUGUUGAAAAUGAAGUGAGUGCGGUCAACGGAGGGUCAGAGAUUGAUGCUCCAACCGCCAGUGGACCCUGUGAUGGCCUGGUGACGAAAACUGGGCCAGCCUGCUCCACCUCUUCUGAUGACGAGCCAGUCAAUCCAGCACAGCGGAGACGCCGUCGCUCUCCUCGCUCCGAAUCCAGAGAGGACAAACCUGCUGCUGUUCAAAAAGGACCAAGAGCCAAGAGCCAACCACCAAUCAGCACCAAGAACCGGAGGCUGUCCAGCCGCCUGGACUGGACCGGGACACAGAUGCAGAGCCACAAGUCUGAAGCCUGCAUUCAGACCCGGCGGGAGUCUGAUAAACGCAGCUCCAACCUGGACCGCCGGCGGGCUCGAUCAGCCGACUUGGAGAAGCUAGGGCGUUCCCAGCUGGCGGUGGUGGACGACCGCUGGAUGACAGAGUACAUGCGUUGCUUCUCUGCCCGACUCAGGUAGAGCAUAGAUCCAUAGAGACUCCUGAAAACCAGGCCCUAAACAUCAGGAGGGACACGCUGUUGACAUCUGAAUGAACAGGACUGUGUGGGAGGCAGGUGGCCUCAGCGUGGGACAAGGGCAGCAUGUCAUCUACACUUUCAUCUUUUCUAUAAGGAAUGUAAAUAAUCCCCCAAUCCGACAGGCUCAGUCACCCUUCAGACUGUUCAGAUGUAGCUUGUGUUUCUACCUGGGCAUGAGCAGGCGGGUGUCAUGGCGGGUCGGGGUUACAGGUGAGAACACCUGAGUUCUGAGCAGAGGUGUGAGCCACGAGGGGUCAGCUGACUCAGAACAAACCCACUUUAUUCCACACCAGCUGUCAUUUUUAAUGAGCAGAUUCACGACGUCAGCAUAACGACUCCCUUCUCUACCUUUAAAAAAUCACCUUUGUAUGUGAAUGUCUUGUUUCACAGUAAGAAAACAACAACAUCCACCAAGGUUCUUUGGUCAUUUUGUAACAUUUCUUACUCAAAAGAUCAAAUAAGAUAUUUUUAUAUCAGCUUCAGGAUUUCAAACUAAAAAUAUGAGAAUAAAAGGUUUAGAUUUCCCUUUUAGAGUGAUUUACAGAAACAGAUUAUCAAAUAGAAUUAGAAUGUAAGUGACAACAUUAUUAUUAUUAUUAUUAUUAUUAUUAUUAUUAUUAUUAGUGAUUUUAGUCCGGCUGUAACAAACAUGGAACAGGCUCAGAACCUGAUGCCUCGGCAUUAGACAUGUUUUAAAGACGGAUAGGAGGCUGGAAGUUACUUUAAUAAUUAAAACUAGGGGCUCUUAUUUUGAAGGAGUUAAAUGGCCUGUAUUUGAUAUAGCGCCUUCUAGAGUCCUGGAACCCCUCAAGGUGCUUUACAACACAAUCACACAUUCACACCCUGGUGGGGAUGAGCUGCGAUGUAGCCACAGCUGCCCUGGGGCGCACUGACAGAGGCGAGGCUGCCGAGCACUGGCGCCACCGGUCCCUCCGACCACCACCAGCAGGCGAGGUGGGUUAAGUGUCUUGCCCAAGGACACAACGACAGACUGAGCGGGGCUCGAACCUGCAACCUGAUUACGGGGCGAGCUCUUAACUCCUGUGCCACCGUCGCCCCAUGAGUUGAAGAAUAAAGUUUUUUUUGUACAGCACCGCUCAAAAACCACAAGGCGCUUCACAAGCAGAACUUUAACGCUGUUCCUUAGUUCCUUUAUUGUUAACCUGACUGCGACCCUAACCCUAGCCUGCCGGGCCCUUUGACGAUCGCCAAGGCCAGAAGUGAGUGGUUGAGAACUCAGUCCAGCCUUCACAUCCAUUCCCACCCUUACGACAGCGUAUGUCAUGUUGCCUAGCAACCACGACUGCACUAAACAGAAGUUAAAACCAAACUUAGCAGUAAAACACAAAGAACUACAAGAACCAUCAUACAAGCUUGUUUAUCAGGAUUUUUUUAAUGAUUUUGACAAAGAUUUUAUUAAAAAGAAAUAUGCAAAUGAAAAAGUUGCGGAUUGCUCUCCCGAUCUCAUGAAUGAAUUAAAUUAUGGCGUACGUUGACAAAAUUAAUCGUUUUUAAUGUUUUUACAGCUACAACAACCAAUGGGGAAGAAGCUAGCUUAAAGCACGUAUUCUUGCCUCUUAACAACGUUCUAACAUAGUAUAGCUAUGCAUAUGUUGUGGAGAUAAAGAAAUAAAUAAUAAAAUGGUUCUCCCUCAUUGGUCUAAAAACCUCCACCAAUAGCACGUUUUGGACUGAAACCAUCAGCACUUCCCUGGGUCCUCAACUCAUCACACACUCACGUGUUUAGCAACAGAACACCACUGGUGUGAGAGGUUCUCCGCUCAAUAAUAUCAGAGAUGGAGAAACAACCGGCUGCUACCGCUUCCACUUUAGGACAAACUACCAGAGUCCCUAAAAGAAAAACACAGUUUCAAGUCGCGGACGACGAAAGACGUCGAAAACAGAGACUGGUGUUGAGCGCAGUCUCGUUUUCUCCAGCAGUGCGGGUUUCGGUGGGGGGUGUUGUUGACCUAGCGUGUUCUACAGGUUUGCUAAAGCAGCUUUAAUGUCCGUGGACACCUUUUGGCGCUGAUCAGUGACAUCACUGAUGUGAUAUGAGCAGCGUAAUUCCCCUGCCUCCUUCCAAACUUCCAGAACUCCUCUAGGGGGAACACGGCUCUGUCGGACAACCCAACGCUCCUGGUAGCAUCGCUGCCACUGGUUUUACAGGUACAUUCAUUAGUAGGAAGAGAACCAUUAAAACCAGAGUUGUGCAUCAGAGCACCAAUAAAGUACCAGGAUGUGUUCAGUGCUGUGGCGAAGGAUCUCUGGAGGUAGUCAGAGCCGACUUCCUGUUGCGUUGAUUGUUUCUAGCCAUGUUUAACUUUUAGGAAGUCGUGAUGAAUGUUUGACUUCACAACAGUGAAUGUUUCACUUGUUUGUUCUCACCGUGCUGCAAAACAACAACCAACCUCAUCAAGCUGUUAACGUGUGAAGCAGUUCACCUCCAGAACCAGAGCAGGAGGAGCUUUUGUUUCUGGUCCACGCCGUGGGAACGUGUGACGAGCAGCAGUCCUCUAACCCCCGUUUGAGCUGCUGCUUAACACAGCGGACCCUGAGGCAGGUCCUCGUGACUUUACUGUCAGAUGAAGCGUCUUUGGUGUCUCAGGUCUCCUGCGUGUCUCUGCACCGAUGACCUGUCCAGCGUGCACCCCCCACAACCUCAAACACAGCUGAGGAAGGUUCCCAAAAGGCUCUGUGUGGGCGGAUUGUGUUGAUGUGUUCAGCCAGGUCAAAGGUCACUGCCAGGAAAUCUCACACACAAAAAACUCCAAAAGUCGUCCCUCUGGUCCGAGAGAUAAACCAGAUAAAUGUUUUUGUGUUCUUUAGACAAUCAAGAUGAAAGUAUUUGAAUAUUGUUGAAUGAACUGAUUGUAAAAUGAUGAUUUCUAGUUAUACACAAACUGUUUAUUGUACACCUGGUUAUAAUUUUAUCUGUCGUGUUAUUUAGAUUCAUCAUCACUGGUUUUGUAUUUCAGAACAUGCACAUUAUUAUAUUUCCUUUAAUGUGUUGAAGAGAAUUAAUGAUUUGAGUAAAACCUGAUUUGUGACA